CUUGAUAAGUAAACAAUAAGUAAAAUCACGUAAAAUGCCGUUUAUGAUAGGUAAAGAUCCUGUGCGGCGAACGAUACAAUAUUUAAUGUCUGGCAGGUUAAUCCUGAAGGAUAAAAUACAGAUAUUAUCUAUCAAUUAUAACUCGCGAGGUGAACAUCAUAAAGGUGCAAGAGAUUUCGUAUAUUGGCAUGUAUGCCAAGUACAACAUAAAAAUCCAAAUGUACAAAUAGCUACUAUUAAAAACAUGACACCAUCACCGUUCAUAAAAUGCUAUUAUGAAGAUGGCAAGACAAUGUUAAUAGAUAUAGAUAGCAAGACUAAAGACGAAAUACUUCAACAUCUUAUAAGAGUCAUAGGAAAAUCAAAGGAUGUAUUAGCCAAGGAAGCUAUUGCACAAGAAAAAAAAGAAAAUCCAGCAAAUUUUGGUGUUGGUUGUGUAAAAAGUUGUAUGUGUAAUAUCUUUGGACAAGUACCUUGUCCUUCUGUAGUACCUCUACCAGAUCACAUGCGUGCGAAGAAAAUAUUUGAGAAACUAAACAAUCAAUAGACAAGUUAUGUAUUAAAAAUUUUUUAUUAUUAAAUAAAUGCAUGAAUUUCAGUUUUA